UUUUCUAUCCCUCAACUCUGAAAAGUACUGUUUUCAUAAUCAUGGCGUGGCCUAACAAGAACAAGGACAUGCUCUAUCGGCGGGUGGGCAACUCAGGCCUGCACGUCUCUGCACUUGGUCUGGGUGGAUGGUUGACAUUCGGCGGUCAUGUCGAGAACGAAAUCACAUUUAACUGCAUGAAGCAAGCCUACGACUUGGGAAUCAACUUCUUCGACACGGCUGAAAGCUAUGCGGGUGGACAAUCAGAGAUUGUCAUGGGUCAGGCCAUCAAGAAGUUUGGCUGGAAGCGCAGCGAUCUCGUCAUCACCACCAAGCUCAACUGGGGUCUCGCAAAUGGCGAAAUCUUGAUUAACAACCACGGCCUGUCCCGUAAGCACAUCGUCGAAGGCACACGAGCAUCUCUCGAGCGUCUACAACUCGAAUACGUCGACAUCAUCUACGCCCACCGCCCCGAUCGCCUCACACCCAUGGAAGAGACCGUGCGGGCCUUCAACUAUGUCAUCGAGAAAGGCUGGGCCUUUUACUGGGGUACUUCGGAGUGGUCCGCGGACGAGAUCAGCGAGGCGUGUGGCAUUGCCCGAGCUCUGGGACUGAUCGCGCCCAUUGUUGAACAGCCCCUGUAUAACAUGUUGGAUCGGCAGAAGGUGGAAGGGCAGUACCAGCGGUUGUACUCCCGGUGCGGAAUCGGCUUGACCACGUUCUCGCCCUUGAAGAUGGGUCUUCUCAGUGGCAAGUAUAAUGAUGCGACGACGCAGCCUCCACCGGGUUCUCGGUUCGCUGAGAGCAACGACAAGUAUGCAAGCAGCGUACGCCGGGACUGGGAGAACGAGCAAUGGGCGGGAAAUAUUAAGAAGAUCGUGGGGCUGAAGGCAUUGGCGGACAAGAUGGAAGUCAAGCUGUCGCAGCUGGCACUGGCAUGGUGCUUGAAGAACGAGAACGUCUCGUCUGUUAUCACCGGAGCCUCGAGGCCAGAACAGGUUGUCGACAACGUGGAGAGUCUGAAGCUGUUGCCGCGCCUGACACCGGAGGUUAUGGCGGAGAUUGACGAGUAUUUGCAGAACAAGCCUGCUCAGGAUCCUGCUAGACAGGAUUAGAGCAAUAGUUAAGAUGAAUAAUAAAGAUG